AUGAGUGUUGAAUUUCUGGAAUGGAUCAACAUUCGAAUCCACGAUAAAAAGUAUUUCACUGCUCGUUAUUUGGCUCAUUUAUCUGAUAUAUCUGGAAUGCAAUCGGAGACAAUUUCGAAGAUUCUUUGCGGAUUUUUGUUUACAAUUUUGACUUUUUGUGAUCAGGCUCAUUUCUUUGCUAAUUCAAUUCUUAUCGGAGUCCCAUUGCUUCUAAUUUUCUGUUAUCCGGAAGAGAAACCAGGCGAUGAAUCAUUCUACAUCUACUUCCCAGUAUUUGGAGGAAUCACACUUUUUGACCGUAAUCUGGAGAGUGUUCCUUGUUACUAUGUGAUGAAACUGAUGUUAUUCCUCUUGUUUUUCACUCCACCAUACACUUUGCACAAACAGAUUUCCGAACUUCUCAGUAAAGAUCCAGGAGUAGAAAAUACGAUUCAAAGUCGUGCCAGCACAGGAAAAUCAACUGGAAAACCACUGGAACAUUCGACAAGGACUGCAGUGUCUAGACAACCCACCUCGAAAUCAAGUGUGAAGACAGAUGUGACUCAGUUGACGACUCCUUCUCCGAUGACAAUUCGAUCCAAACCGAAAAAUUCUGAUGUGAAAGUGACAACAAUUGAAGAAUAUUAUCGAGAAGAAGAGCUUCUUUCACCGAAUGGAACAGUCAUCAAUCGUGUUAUUACAGGACCAUUUCGUAAAGAAACUACGAGAAUUGAGAACAAAAAAGACAAAUAG